AUGAAGACAACAACAGUUCUCAUUGCGAUUAUUCUCGCCAUCGUUGCAAAUGCAGCUCCUCGGAGAGAAAGACUUUCCAUGAGAGAUGUAAGUUUGAUGAGCAAGGCGAGGGAUACAACGGCGGUUGUCAAUUCGAGAAAUACGGGAGGUGCCGUACUUUUCGCUCCGGAGGGGCCUACUUUCAGUAAUAUAGCAGGCACUAUUGGGGUUCCUCCGACAAGCGGUUCAUUUGAAACAAAAGAAGCAAUUGUCUACAUGGCUAUCGAUGGUUAUAAGUCAGAUACGGCGGUUUCAGCCGGUUAUAGAAUGGUGGUGGAUGUUGAUGGGGGAGUCACUUACUCAGCUUGGUGCCGGUGGAAUCCCGGAGAAGAAAUCCCAAUUUCUCAGGACGAACUGGCUUUCACAGAAGGCGACAGACUUUCGAUCAACAUCGAAAUCUUACCUGGCAACAUGCAAGCGCGUUGCACACUGGCCGUUGUUACGACUGAUCUCACUGGAGCUCUCAAGACUGGACCAGCCAGCAGAGACCUGUUUCCGUCCAUUACCAACAAAUCUGCCAUUGGAGACAACGCAAUGUGGGCGAUUCAAAAGAAGCAAACUGGUUAUCCGCAUCUAUUUCACGGGCCCAUCUUAAUUACUGAUGCUAGCGUCAUCCGUAAUAAUGAUCCGAUUACACAACCUAUUCGUGGGGCUCAAACCUUCGAAUUGCAAAACGCCGAAGAGAAUCCCUCUAUUUAUCCGGUAAUUGAAACUAAUACCACAAUCAACGAUGUUGAUUCGUCUAUCAAAAUUCGCACCCUUAUCUAA